AUGAAAUCAGGCGCCAAAAAUUCAGGAAGAGGAGAUUCCCUGAACGAUAAGGCCGGCCGAUGGACACUCGACAGGGGAUGGGAUAUGGGUGGGUGGUAUGCUAGCCGAGGGGGGCCACUAAUAAGUCGUUUGCGCGGCUGGCGUCCAUGUACUUUGGCGGCCAAACUACCUGCAGCAGCCAUCGCCCACUCAGAGCCUAGCAACGGCGAGAGCGACGCUGGUAUGUCCACGGCCGAGGUGCGCGCAGGCGGCGAGGCGUCUCUCUAUCCGGAGCCCAGGGCAGCGGCGAUCCACUGGGCUGGGGUGUGUGGGGUGGAGGACGGGCAGGAUGGCAGUCCAGGGCAGGGUUGGGAAUUAAGUCAUUUAAGUCACUCGUUAAUUAUAAGUAUAAAAAUACCACCAUUAAAUACAGAAAACUCGGUUUUAUAUAAAUAA